GAAUAUACAAAUAAAAAUAUUAUUCGAAAGCAGUAAGCUAUUUUAAGUAUACAAUUCAAUAAGAAAUCUCCUAACUCAUAAAAAAAUAUUUUAAGCAGGAAAAUAAAACAUUUUUCGUACAAUUUUAAUUGGAACCCAUACGCACUACAUUCGCAAUCUUAUUUGAAGCUUUGUGAUACGCAAAUUGCAGCAUUUGUUUACAAUGGAAAAAAUCGAAAAGAACUGGCAGGAUCAGAAGCCGCAACAGCGCAUGGAAUAUUUGCUGAAAAGUGGACAUUUGUCCGAUUGCAGCUUUAUUGUUUUUGGUGAUGAAGGCGAGAAGAUCGUGUUAAAGUGCCACAAACUUGUGCUUAUGAGUGUCUCUCCGGUAUUUGAGCGCAUGUUUGAGGGCGAAUUUGAGGAGUCUAAAUUGGCCGACAAUAUUGUAUUGGACGAUGUAUCGGGACCGGAUUUUCAAAAGUUCAUUUCGUAUGUGUAUUGGCAUGACAAUCAGAAACUAGAUACCUACGAAUUAGAUACGAUACAGUCGUUAAUCUACUUGAGCAAGAAAUUUAUGAUCCCUAACAUGACCACUAAAUGCUUGAAUACACUAAAGAAAAGAGUGUCCAAAGGUUUGGAUCCGGAUACAACAAUAGAUUUGUUCGAAUAUGCCCACGAAAUUGAGGAUAUAGAGUUGGUUGACUCUAUUAAAAUGAAAUUUAUGGGCAACCCAUCCUCGUUUAUUAACACUGCUGCUGUCUUUGAUCUGAGUUCCGAUAAGUUCUUAUUAUUUAUUCGCACUUUUAAUGGGUGGGUGGAAGAAAAGUUUCGUUUUGAAGUAAUUGAACAUUAUUGCAAUAUGCAUGGUUUAAAACUAACUAUGACUACUACUAAAGAAGUUGAAGAGGAUAUAAAGGAAAAUUGUGUGUUGCCAUCCCUCACUGCUGCAUUUGAGAAGGACGAAAAUAAAAACAUCGUCAAGGGAAGUAGUGACGAAAAAAAUUCAAAUGAAAACGAAGAAAAGAUCAGAAAUCAGCGCGAGCAAGAGAAACGAAUGCAGUUCAUCACCGAUCUGAUGGAAGACAUCAAGUUUCCAUCAAUGACUUCUUAUGAUUUCAUUACUGGUCCGGGUGCUUCUGAUUUACUAACCAUUGAGAAGAAAUAUAAAAUACUCUCAGAAAUUUGCAUUGCCAAAGACAAAAUGAAAACAUUUUUUUUGAAUAAAUAAUAAAAACUUCACAAAUAUGUUUAUUUAAAACGUGUUUUUAUUGGACAAAAUGAUAUACAAGUUUUUAAAAAUACAAGUGUAUAGAGUUUGCAUAGUUACAAAAUUAUUUUAUUGGGCUCGCAAAAUAUAAAUAUAUUUGUAAUAACUAUUUCAUUUAGGGUUUCUGCUCACGACGUUUACCAAAAGGGUAUUUGUCGAUUAUUGUAAAAUGCUUAUGCUAGAAGACACUUGGACGGAAUAUGUUUCUUAAUGAGCUUCGAUCUAAAAAGGCACAGAUUAAAUUGUUUUCGCUCUUUCAAGGUAUGAUAUGCAAUAAUAAUCGAUAACUAAAUGUUUUCGGCACUUUGUACUACAUGAUUAAAUAGAUGGACGAAUUGAAUUAUAUGUAUAGAAUAUAGUUUGUUAG